UUACAGUAAUGAUAACGACGAUGACGACAACGACAACGCUGAUGGUGACGGUGGAGCUUCUGCUAAUGAUGAUAGUGAAUUUAAUGACAAUGACAAAAUGUUUAUUGAUACAAGGCCUUUAGCCCAAAACAACACAUACAUAUCAACACAUUUACAAACAGUGAUAUAUGACACAAGUAAUAUUAUUCUUAAACAAAAAUCGUGUAAUAAUGAUGAUGACGAUUUCUCAUAUGUUAAUGACUUUAAUUCUUUUGAUGAUGAUUCUUAUGAUAACGACGACGAUAAUGAUGCUUCUUCUGCCGCUGAUGAUGGUUCUGAUGAUUCUGAUUUUGAUUUUGAUUCCGAAGAUGAAGGUGAUGAUGAUGACGAAGAAGAAGAUGAUGAUGAUGAGGAGGAUGAUUUUACAAUAAUGACGAUGAUCGCUACAAUAAACAAAGCAAAGAUUGACAAUAGAUGA